AUGGGGAAAUUUUCCGGCCUUUCCAUUUUUUACUUCGUCUUCCUUUUAAAUUUCUGCCUCUACAAAAAUGGCGUCCAAGGUGACGAUAUGGCCAAUGAGACAAACCCCCGUGUUAGGAGUGGCCCCUCGAAUAAUGACCACAGUGAACAGAUGACAAAGAAGUUAAACAGACGCAAUGGAACUCAUCAGAAUGUCCGCACCAACGCCAGGCAUUAUCACGGGGCAGUGGCGGGCUCGACCGGGACACGCAACUUGGGAAGUAAACUCGUAACGGGGAACGAAGAAGUAAGGGGUAAUAGCACGUCGAGUGAUCAAAGUGCUGCAGCCAGUUCGGGCAGUAGCAACACGAUCGGCGGAAUGCUGGCGCGGAUAUUUUUAAACGCUCUAGUUAAGCCAGCCGUAAAUUUUGUCGUAGGGGGGAAGGAUCCUGUGUUUCCACUACCAUCGGAAAAUAAAGCGGGACAGGAAGAUGCGCAACCGGGGCAGCGACAGGAGCAACAACAGCAGCAACAACAGCAGCAGCUAGAGGAGUCUCCACAGGAGCUGCGACGGGAAGAACAACAACAAGUGAUAACUCCCCAACCCUCCAGGGUAACCCCUCCGCAACAAGAAAAACCCGUCACUCUGAUUGACAAUAAAAUGUUCAAGCUAGAACGUGACCAGCAGGCGCAUACCUCGAUGAAUGACUUGCGGGAAGAAGUUCAGGAGGAGGUUUACGAUGACGGCGACGAUGACCAUGUUGAUGAGGACACUAACAACAACACUGAAGAAGAUGAAGACGAAGAAAUUGUGUAUCGAUAUGGUAGUGACGAAGAAGCAAAAGAAAUCGGGGAAGAACAGGGAUUUAGUUCCCUACUGAAUGAUGAAACUAUACACAUGACCCACAUCAAAGAACACACAGACGUUGAUGAGGAGAAAGAGAAAGUUGAAGACUUAGUUAAGUACAUGACAAAUUCGUUGCAGGAAAAUGAUCAGCUUGUGAAUACGCUCAGCGGUUUGUCAGAUGAUAUAACUAUGUUUUUGCGGAAAUGA